AUCUCAACCCUCUGCAGGCAUUGAUCUCAGUGUGCUGGCACGCUGGCCUCGAUUCCUUCUCGAAUACAAGGUUCCUGGACCUCAUCAAGUGGAGUCCCUAGAUAGUCUUCAGCCUUGAUCUGAUCUCAAGGUCGACCAAGCCACAGGGGCUCUCUCCUUGGACCCAAUCCUAACCGCUGAUGGAGGCGAACGCCCAGCCUGGGGAUGUCUCGGUGGAGGAGUUGCUGCAGUGCAACCCUGCCAUCCGUCACGGACGCUUGCUUGCUCCAGGUCGCCGCCGUCUGUGCUUUCGGGGCCGAUGUCUUAGCCCCCAGCCGAAAUCCCAGAUAAACGCCGCCUCUCGUCCUCCCUCGGUCGCCCAACCACCCCGUCUUCCCACCGGCCCUUUCCGCCAUAUCAGGUCCAGCGACCGAGCCAACACUGAGCCCUGACAACAAUGGCCGACAACGGGCUCGCGGAGAAGAAUGGCGUCGGCGAGGGGUCCAAGAGUGGCCCAGCCAGCGACUUCGGCAGCGUCCAACAGCCGCAGCUUUCCAUAAUCCGGGCGGUGCGCAGGUGGCCCAAGGUAUCGCUGUGGGUGUUUCUCCAAUGUGCCAGCAUCAUCCUGGUUGGCUUCGACAUCUCUAUCGUGAGCAACGUCGCUUCCUUGCCCCAAUUCCAACAUGACUUUGGACAGCCCUUUGGCGAUACACGCAUCAUCCCAGCUCUCUGGAUCGGCCUGUGGAACGGGAUAAUGCCAGUCGGCUCCAUUGCCGGUGCCUUCUCCGCCGGAGUUGCCCAGGACUUCAUGGGCCGCCGCCUCACUCUCGCGUUCGCCUCAGCGCUGUCCGCCGUCUGCGUGGCCGUCGCCUUCGUCUCGGACCUGCCCGCAGACAUGGACACCCGCAGGGGCGUGUUCCUCCUCGCCAAGACGGCCCACGGCUUCGCCAACGGGGCCCUGAUAUGCGCAGUCGAGACGUGGACGAGCGAGGUCCUGCCCUCGGCCCUGCGUGGGCCAGGCGUGGCUCUCUACCCAAUUUUCACCCUCGUCGGCCAACUGGUCGGCUCCCUCGUCGUCCAGGGCCUCCUAAACCUGCCCGGCGCCACCUCGUACCGCGCCGCCUUUGCCACCCAGUGGCCCUUCACAGCACUCUCGCUUACCGUCGCCCUGUUGGCCCCCGAGAGCCCCGCCUGGCUCGUCCGCGUCGGCCGGCUCGACGCGGCUCGCGCCAGCCACGCGCGGCUCGACUCGUCGCCGACCGAGGCGGAGCGCGACGCCGCCUUCGAGGAGAUCCGUGGCAUCGUGCGUACCGAGCGGGAGCAGGCGGGCCAGCGCGACGUGGCAUACUCCGAGUGCUUCCGGGGCGUCGACACGCGUCGCACGCUGGUGACGGUUUUUGCGCGGUGCCUGCCCAACCUCUUUGGCCUGCCGCUCUUCGCCACGGCCAGCUACUUCCUGCAGAUGAUUGGCGUCGAGGCGAGGGUUAGUCUGCUCUUCAUGCUUGCCGGCGUCCUGGUCGGGCUUUUCUCCAACCUCAUUUCCCUCCCCCUCCUCGCACGCUUCAACCGGCGCACUCUCCUCAUCCCGUCCCUCGCCGCCUGCAGCGCCCUGUGGACGUCCAUCGGCAUCGCCGGCUGCUUCAUGGAGACGGGCAACGCCACCGUCGUGAGGUGGUUCGUCUCGGUGGCCAUGAUGGGCACCAUGGCGUCCGUCAGCGUCGGCGCUUGGCCGGCCGCGCACGUGGUCAACUGCGAGACCUCGUCCCUCCGCCUCCGCGCCCGCGCCCAGGGGCUCGCCGGCAUGGCCACGCAGCUGCUCGCCGGCGUCUUCAGCAUCGCCCUGCCCUACAUCUACAGCCCCGACCAGGGAAGCUCGGGCCCCAAGGUCGGGUUCCUGUUCGCGGGCUUCUCCGCCCUGGCCGUCGUCGGCACGUGGCUGUACGUGCCCGAGAUGAAGGACCGCGACCAGCUCGAGAUCGACAUCAUGUUUGAGCAGCGCCUGCCGGCGAGGGCGUUCAGGGGCUGGAAGGGAGACCCUGGCUCUGUGGUUGCAAGUGCUGUCCCCUCGGGAGAAGGUAGAACUGUUUGAGCUGUUUGGCUUUUAUAGAAUACAUUUGUCCUGCGCUUUCCUUUGAUGCCAGAGUGCGCUUGCCUAUUGGUAUUUAUCAUGUGCGUAGCGCUAUGCUGCCUGCUCC